CGCUUAUUGCUGGUAUAUGACCGUUUACAGUCUUUUAUGAGAAACGGGAUGUUCUGUAGUGUAAUUAGAAGGCGGGGGGGUAAAUCUCACAGGAGUCUGAAGUGAGACUCGGAGUGUGGUGAAGGUCCGAGCUGAUCUCUCUCACUCAGUGUGGUUAAAAGCGGACAGCAUCCUGUCUGAGAGCUUCAGUUCAGAUGAACAGGAGGACUGAACACACACUCACUCCGACUCCAUGCCUUUUACACUCAGCUCUCUCCGCUCACUUUCGCCUUUUCCUUAACAGAAAACCUUUCUCACGAGGAUUAUUUUUGCUUCUUUUUCCCCCCACACGGAUUAUUUUUCCUCCAUACAGGGAGUGGAUUUACGCAGAGUCAGUUUUGUCCUCAGACUUUGGUGAGUUAGCGUUUGUGCCUUUACUUUACACCAUGGACAAAAUGAGAAUUUUGAAGUGAUUUCUUCACUCAGAACACUUCUAAGAUAUUUUAGCAAAACUUUUUGAGUUUACUUUGUAUACACACGCACAUUCGCUGUAGCGCUUUAAAUCCGUGGAAAUGGAUAAAUACGAAGAUUUGGGGCUCGAAGCGAGCAAAUUUAUCGAAGACCUGAACAUGUACGAGGCGUCCAGGGACGGACUGUUCCGCAUGAAGAGGGACGCAGGAAAUAACCCGGACUUUGAGGAAACCAGGAGAGUGUUCGCCUCUAAAAUGACCAAAAUUCACAUGCAGAAGCACCAUGAAGAGAUGGCGAGAAACAACCUCGAAGAAAGGCUAAACGGUGGACAUGUCAAAGUAGCAGAUGGCAGAUUUUACACCAAAGACAGACCGCCUAUCAGUAGUUCCAGACAUGAAGCUGCAUCCAAGCCACCCAUUCUCUCAGGACCGAGCAUAUGCUAUGAAGGACAGAAACAUCAUCCGGUCAGCCCACAUGAUGGCAGGAGUUUCAGCUAUGGAAGCAAUAAUGACAAUAAAGACCUCUCGCGCUCGUGCCAUAAUGCAUCUGUGGAACCUGGAAACUCUUAUCCGCAAUCUGUGCCUCUUCCUGCCAGUCCUUCUGGCACUUGGGCAUCUAAGAACAAUCCUCAGUGUCCGAGCUCAUCACCCAUCCUUGGCUUGAGUUCAAAUUCACCUGGGACUAAUAUGAAUCAUGGAGCAACUCCUCCUCUACGUCAGAGCUCACCCUGCCAAACUGUAACACCCACUGGGACACCUGAUUGGUUCCCUCCAUCAGCCACAGGUUCUCAUGGAGAACCAGAGUACCUCAAGUCUUCUCCUUAUGUGAGCCCUACUCAUCACCCAGAACCCAUCAUGCCUCAGGAACCCUAUGGAGGCCACAAUGGAGUUCCUCAAAGCACUGGGACAUGCUCUGCUGUUCAGCUGUCCCCGCUAGCACAAAGCCAACCAGAAGCAUAUGAACCUAAAGGUCAAGUGCCGUGCCACACUCGAGGCCAUAGCAGUCCGACUGUUCCGGACAACGUAGCGAACCCUGUCGCAGAGCCGGCUCAGAGCGAUGUCCACAACUCUCCUCAGGCGCUCAAACUGCCAUGCCACACUCUCCGUAUACAGCCCGAGCCUGGGCCGUCUGCAGCUGAAAUAAAAUUAGAAGCUCUAACUGAACGCCUGGAAAAGGAGAUGGAUGCCCAGCCUAAGGCUGACUACUUUGGCAGUUGUGUGAAAUGCAGUAAAGCUGUGUUUGGAGCCAAUCAAGCAUGCCAGGCCAUGGGUAACCUCUAUCAUGACAGCUGCUUCACCUGCAGUGCCUGCAGUCGGAAGCUCAGGGGGAAAGCAUUUUACUAUGUCUCCGGCAAGGUGUUUUGUGAAGAGGAUUUUCUGUACUCUGGCUUUCAGCAGUCAGCUGACAAAUGCAGCGUAUGUGGCCACCUGAUCAUGGACAUGAUCCUGCAGGCCCUGGGCAAGUCCUACCAUCCAGGCUGCUUCCGCUGUGUCAUCUGUAACGAGAGCCUGGAUGGAGUUCCUUUUACUGUGGACACAGAGAACAAGAUCUACUGUGUUAAAGACUACCACAGGGUUCUUGCUCCUAAGUGUGCAGCAUGCAGUCAGCCAAUUCUGCCCCCUGAGGGGUCUGAUGAAACCAUUCGAGUGGUAUCUAUGGAUAAAGACUAUCAUGUAGAAUGCUACCACUGUGAGGACUGUAAGAUGGAGCUGAAUGAUGAAGAAGGGCAUCGCUGUUACCCACUAGAUGGCCACCUGCUGUGCCACACAUGCCACCUGAAACACAUGGAGUCAAGUUGCCCAUCUGUGUGAGAUGAAGGAGACUGGGAUUUGGAUAUCUGCUGCCCCCUGUGGCUGUCAGGAGACACAGUGUGACUGCAGAUCAGUUGCAGUUGUGGAAUUAAAGAAUAAACCUCACCUUACUUUUGGGUCACAGCUCUUUGUGUGCUUGUAUUGUUAUAACCAAAUUAUUUUAUUUUACAAUUUUUAAGAGCUGACCCUAAAUUUUCAGAUACUUCUCCAGUAUUUAUGGUUUUGUUUUAAUUUAGCCCCUAUGUUGUGUCUUUGACCAGAGUGAUGCAGGCUGGUUAGUCAUGAUGACCAGGAUAUAGACUAAAUUGGCUUAGAACAUCAAAUUUUAGAUCUCUGUGUCAUAGGUUCAGUUCUCCAUAGUCAUUAACUCAUUGAAUACAUUUAAAGUGGAAAUUUUAAAAAGUGAAUAAAAUUGUUUAAAACAAAAUCUCCUUUAAUUGUAUAAUCUGAAGAAAAAUAACUUAUGGUAUGAAAGUGUGACCGAGUGACAAUUUAUUUUUGUGUACUGCAUUAUUCAUCUAUGUGUCUGUUAUUUAUCUUUACAAUCUUGCUACACAAAAUUAGCCUAUGAAAGUAAUGACAUAUAUGUAUGUGUUUAAGAGAAUGCCAAAAUAUGUUAUCUCUUAUUCAAAUACAUUACAUUUCAGAAGAUGCGGCUCUGUCAUGACAAUUUGAGUUUUGCUUCUGCCGUUUUAUAAUACAGAAAAAUAAGCCAAGCAUCCUGGUAGUUCAGCGGCAGGAUCCCUCAUUGCGGGGACUCGGGUUCGAUUCCCGGUCAGGGCGCUAAUCCAGCUGACCUAAACAGGGAGCUGCUGAAAGUUCAACAAUAAUAUAAAAAAUGAGCCACAUUUCGUGUGAAAGAUGUAAAACAUGAUUUUCAUUAAUCAUGACAAGUGAAUUUGAUUGAAAAAUCUGUUAAGUAUUAAAGCAAUACAUAAAUUA